UGUCUUGCACAUGAGGCAUCGAAAAUACUGUCAGUCAGCGGCCAGGUUCAGAGAGACUCCCCUGGCCUCAAGGUAUGGCUGUGGGGAUAGACGUCUCAGGCUGGGCUCAAUACAACUUCACCGCCCGCUACAACCCCUAGAAAUCCACCAACGCCUCCCUACCCACCAGCACAGACUCUCACGUCCUGGUCUAGGCCUGCCUCGAUCGCUUCGGUUCCUGCUGAUAAGCUUCGCUUCCCAAGUGGCGGCCCCACUCACCUACGAGACACGAUAAUUGUGGGAAACUUGCGAUUUCGGAACUCCUCGACAAACCACUCUCCCCUACUCCCCAACAACGAGCACACAUGGCAGACCUGCGUCGGAAAUUGGUUAUCGUCGGUGACGGUGCCUGCGGUAAAACCUGUCUACUGAUCGUCUUCUCGAAAGGCACAUUCCCUGACGUGUACGUCCCCACGGUGUUUGAGAACUACGUCGCGGACGUUGAGGUGGACGGAAGGCGUGUGGAACUGGCGUUGUGGGAUACUGCUGGUCAAGAAGACUACGAUCGACUGCGUCCUUUGUCAUACCCAGACUCCCAUGUCAUUUUGAUCUGUUUUGCGAUUGAUUCGCCGGAUUCGCUUGACAACGUUCAAGAAAAGUGGAUAUCCGAAGUACUACAUUUUUGCGCAGGCUUGCCAAUCAUCUUGGUGGGAUGCAAGAAGGAUCUGAGGCAUGACCCCAAAACAAUCGAAGAGCUCCGCAAAACGCAUCAAUCCCCCGUCACCCCCGAUGAGGGACAUGCCGUUGCCCAGAAGAUCUCUGCUUGGAAAUACCUUGAAUGCAGUGCGCGAACGAACGAGGGCGUGAGGGAAGUAUUCGAGCACGCAACACGGGCUGCCCUCACAAUGACUCGGGGUCGGAAGAAGCCUGGAUCUGGAUCGAACAAGUGUCAGCUUCUUUAAGGCGAUGAGGGCAAACGUCCUUUCCUCCAAUCUCCAACCCAAACGUUGUCCUCCCUUACCUUUAGAUUCACCUCAUCUGCCCUCCCUUGAUCAUUGUUUUUUGCCACUGUUUACAUCUGUUCCUUUCUUCGUUUAUUCUCUUUGUAUCUUUUCGUUCAUUCCAAUAUUUUUGUGUCCCCAUAUAUCUAUGUCUUGAUGCAUAGUUUUGUGCGAUGGUAAUUGAGCACGCCGCUCUCCGUGUCAUUAGGAACGCAAAAUUCAGGAGGCCUCGAGUGGAAACCCUACUCCAUAAAU